UACGUGGUGUAACAUUGACCGAUGGAGCACAGAGACAGAAACCUAACCUCAUCUCUGUGAAGGAGAAAUUAGUCAAAACAAUCAUGGUGAUAAAAUAUAUUGGUCGGACACAUACCUUUAAGGGCAAACCACUAUGGGAAAUAUUAGGAAAUUUGAAGAACCAUGGCGUAGGUAGAAUCGUAAUACGAAGUGCUCAACAAAAAUAUCCUGAAGUAUCUUACAUGAGGAUAUUGAAAGUUGUUGGCUUACCAGAUACUUCAAAACAUAUACAUGACCCACGGAAAGUGAUGGUAUUGGUGGAAAAAGUUUUCAGAGGUCAAAAAUCUCCUACGCUAGUACAGAUGGAUGGAGCAACCUAUAAACCAGAUUAUGUGUUGAUUCCCAAGGAUCAAGAGGCAAAAUAUACAAACGAAACUAAAGUACAGCAGCUAAGACUCAUGCCGCGAACAACCGACUUUCCACCUCUUUUGAAAAAGAUAUUAACGGAGAAACAAGGAAAAGAUACUCCUGAUUUAAAACUAAAAAUUGUAUAUAGUACUUUAGGCAUUAAAAGUUAUAGAGUUGCCGAAGAAAAUGAAACUCCUACGGUUGAAAUAAAAAUGGGAUUAGGAAACCCAGUAAGUCCUAGUUUAUACAACAAUAUUAAGCAGGAGGAUGCAUCGUGAAUAUGAUUCAAUAUGUGCAUUGUAUCUUAUAAUUUAAUAAUAAAGAUUAAGCACUUUUUAA